GCCACACUGUGUAAUAACAGGCUACAGGCAGUUUCGAGGAAUGUGAGUAGAAUGUAAACAGAGCUCAGGCGGUAGCUAACGGUUGUUGCUCGGUAACUAACUCUUUGAUAUUGUCGCCGCUGAAUCGGACUCACUUAUGGCUUCACGAUAGGUUUCUCGAGAUUCAUAUGCUGUCACCAUGACCAAAGACAUAGUUGUUGGAGAUGAACUACCAGACUGGGUGGGGGCCAAGGAGUUUUACCAGAAAUAUGACCCCAAAGAGGUGAUUGGCAGGGGUGUGAGCAGUGUGGUGCGCAGGUGUGUGCACAGACACACGGCUCAGGAGCUGGCAGUGAAGAUUAUUGAGAUCACAGCGGAGAAGAUGACCGUUCAGCAGCUGGAGGAGGUGAAAACCUCUACCCUGAAGGAGAUCCAAGUCCUCAACAUGGUGAAGGGACAUUCCUCAAUCAUUACUCUCAUUGAUUCCUAUGAGUCCACAACUUUCAUAUUUUUGGUGUUUGACCUCAUGAGGCGAGGAGAGCUGUUUGACUACCUCACAGAAAAAGUGACUCUGAGUGAGAAGGAAACCAGGAGCAUGAUGCGAGCUCUGCUGGAGGCCGUGCAGUACCUCCACUCCCUGAACAUCAUCCACCGGGACUUGAAACCUGAGAAUAUUCUCCUGGAUGAUCAGGGACACAUCAAACUGUCCGACUUUGGAUUCUCAGUGCAGCUACAGCCUGGAGAGAAACUUAGAGAGCUUUGUGGCACACCUGGUUAUCUGGCCCCUGAAAUACUGAAAUGUUCAAUGGAUGAAAUGCACACAGGCUAUGGCAAAGAGGUUGAUCUCUGGGCGUGUGGAGUGAUCCUUUUCACUUUACUGGCCGGCUCGCCACCGUUCUGGCAUCGCAAACAGAUGCUGAUGCUGAGGAUGAUCAUGGAGGGUCGCUAUCAGUUCAGCUCCCCAGAGUGGGACGACAGGUCUGACACUGUGAAAGACCUGAUUUCCAGGCUGCUGGUGGUGGACCCGGCUGUCCGUCUCACUGCUGAGCAAGCCUUAGCUCAUCCCUUCUUCAGACUGUACCAGAAGGAGAAUGUGCGUCUCUUCAGUCCUAGAAAGACCUUUAGGGUGUUGAUCGUCAGUGUGCUGGCCUGUAUCAGGAUGUACAGCCGUUACCGCAGGGCUCGGCCGCUCACACGCGAGGUACUGGCCAGAGACCCGUACUCUCUUCGCGGUGUCCGCAAACUCAUUGACGGUUGCGCCUUCCGCAUCUAUGGGCACUGGGUGAAGAAAGGGGAGCAGCAGAACCGAGCCGCCCUCUUUCAGAACACAGCUAAGAUCAUGCUGCUUGGCCUGGAGGACUUUGAAGCAUAAAAGGUUAACCUCAUUCCUAACCACCUUGAUUUUUAUUUAAACAUUCACAUGCGCUGCCAUGUCAGCGUUUGUCUUGUCGCAUUACUGUGUUUAAUUUUAAUAUUAGGAAUUCAGGGACCUGGAUGUUUGUAUGCCUUAAUGUGCACUGUGGUCCUGCGAGUUAAAGAUAAGCAUGCAUUAUCUGUGCUUUCAUCCAAGUUUGUGGGUUUGAAACUCCUCUUGUCAGGUCAUCAUGUUUGCAGUGCCAGUUUGCAGAAGAGAACACGUUGCACAAUCGUUUGAAUAAACACGUCACAUAAAGGUAUAUUUUAUACAUUUAGGAUUUUAGAUCUAUAGGUCAGUUAUAACUGAGGAGAGGAUGUGUUUCUAAGCACUGUUUGGCUGAAGUGAACAUAAAGCACUGUGAUUAAUUAUUUAAAAUAUAAUUAUAUAUACAUAUUGUAACAGGGCUCAGAUUUACAGAUAUUUCAGUGUUACAAAUCUGCAGCGGAGGGCAUGUAUACAGUGUUUUUGGUAGAGAAUCCUGUAGCUGUCAUGCAUGCAGACAUUCCUUAAUAGGAAACCUACUUACACUAACUGUGAUGACUGUCUGUGACUGUAUUUCCUAUUAAAACUAACAAACACAAUUCCCAACUCAGUUCAUUCCCCAGUUUAAUAAAUGGCACUUUUCCUGAAAGUGCCUGCCUGAGAAAUGUACAGUAAUUGUACAAAUGCAGAUAGAAAUUGUACUGUAUAUGAAAAAAAAGAAACAAGUUGUAUUAACAAUAAAAACAAAUGUUUGAGUCAGAAUUUA